CAUAGAUUGAGAGAGCGAAGGAGCUGGAGACUGACAGUUAGGGCGGUAGACAUUUUGGGGACUUCGAGGAUCAAACGAAUUUGCUAAGACUUUGCAUGGGGCACACACAGUGCGUCUCUAAAUCAACAGAGACCGAACCUCAUUCACCUCGGACGGGUCUCUGGAGACACGCGGGUGCCUUUAGACUGGACGAACUCAAGCUGACCGCAGCCCCAGUCGCACAUAUGAUUCUUCCAAGCGGCGAGCCCGAAAAAUCCCUUAUAGCGGUAAGGGUUAAGGACCGUGUGGUGGAGUCGCAUCGAGAGGAAUCAACCGAAGACGCGGAAUUAUUGCAGAGGACAAUGAACCAUCUGAGAGCGUCCGGUUGGUACUGGGGCCCAGUGACUGCUGCCGAGGCCAGAGAAGUUUUGACUGAUUCUGGGGAGGGAACGUUUCUCCUGAGAGACAGCUCAAACCCAGGCUAUCUUCUCACUCUGUCAGUGAAGACCAGCCUGGGUCCUACUCACCUGCGCAUCGAGUACACUGCUGGCCAGUUUGGCUUUGAUUCAGUGGUCAUGGCUCGUCCACGACUGCGCCAGUUUAAAGGUGCUGUGGAGCUGGUACAGCACUAUGCUUUGGCCUAUCAGCGGUUAGUCAGCCAGAAGGAGGAGGUGGACUCUGUUAAAGAGCAGACCCUGGACGGAGAUCUCCCAGGAGCCUCUGAGACCACCCUGCAACUCAAACUUUCCCGACCGCUGCACAAAAUGGCUCCCAGUCUGCAGCACAUGUGUCGUAUUGUGAUUAACCAAAACACCAGUAAUUUUCAGGAUUUACCACUACCUGACCGACUGAAAGACUUCCUGUUAGAUUACCCCUUUGUGCUGUAAGACCUUUCAUGGACUUCGGGUUUUGUAUAUGCCCUGAAGGAGAGGUUGACAUUGAUGUGCUUAAAAGUGGAAGGUUAGUGCUUUCCGUCAUUGUGUCCCUGGCGUGCG